UGAAGUGAAUCUAUAUUCCAAACUCAUAUGAACAAGUUUGAUAGAGCGAAAGAAAACCCUUCCUAUUAGUUUUGAUGUGAUCCUGUUGCUUUGGACAAUAAUUAAGUCAUAUAUUUCUUCUGAUCCAUUGGCUGUAAAAGUUAACUUAGAGGAAGAUCAGGCUUUAAAUCUCACCACCACAUGCGUAUUUUGAAUGCAAAGCCAACUUAGGCAGAAUCAAACAGAAGAGAGGAUGAUAAACUACGCCAACUCCGUAAUUUAGUUUUUAUUUUAUUAUGUGUUCUAAAAUCCUACUUUCCCUCCUGAACUAUAAUCUCAUGAAUGAUAUUGCAGCUUUGUGAUAAAAUGCCUAACACAUGGGACAAUCAUCUGUUGAUUGUGCGAAGAUCCCUUCCAUGCCUAAUGUUUCCUUCACCAUUGGUGGAAAAACGUUUGACCUUGCCCCACAAGAGUACAUACUUAAGGUGGGUGAAGGUCCUCAAGCCCGACCCAUUAGUGGCUUUACUGCUUUGGAUGUUCCUCCUCCACGUGGCCCACUCUGGAUCCUUGGAGAUAUCUUCCUGGGACGCUAUCAUACUGUCUUUGAUUAUGGUAAACUCAGAGUUGGAUUUGCCAAAGCAGCAUAGAGAAUCUGCUCAUACCUCUCGCAGAAUGCAUCCUUUAUUUGCUAAACCUAUUUUUCUCUUCAAAAAUCAGUAAAAUGGAACAAAAAAUAUCAAGGGAAAGAACAACAUCAGUAUUAUUUGGCAACAGUUAUUCAAUAAUAUUUUUUAUAACUUUGCAUUCAAAAUGGUCCUUAAAUUGUGGUUGUGUAUAUAUAUUGGUUUUAAUA